AUGCCUGGACAAAAGAUUGAAACUGGUCACCAAGAUGUUGUUCAUGAUGUGGUGAUGGAUUAUUAUGGUAAACGGCUAGCUACAGCUUCUUCAGACAACACCAUCAAGAUAAUUGGAGUUAGCAACUCAGGAUCUCAACACCUUGCAACUUUGACUGGUCACCAAGGACCAGUUUGGCAAGUAGCAUGGGCUCAUCCUAAGUUUGGAUCCCUCCUUGCUUCUUGUUCUUAUGAUGGGAAAGUCAUAAUCUGGAAAGAAAGCAACCAGAAUGAGUGGAUCCAGGCUCAUGUUUUUGAUGAUCAUAAAGCAUCUGUCAAUUCCAUUGCCUGGGCUCCUCAUGAACUGGGUCUUUGUCUGGCUUGCGGGUCUUCAGAUGGGAACAUCUCAGUCUUUACCGAAAGAACUGAUGGAGGAUGGGACAAAUCACGAAUUGAUCAGGCUCAUCCAGUUGGUGUAACCUCGGUUUCAUGGGCCCCAUCAAUUGCCCCUGGUGCUCUUGUAGGUUCUGGUAUACUUGAUCCUGUUCAGAAGCUUGCAUCUGGUGGCUGUGAUAAUACAGUGAAAGUCUGGAAGUUUGAUAAUGGAAUUUGGAGGAUGGACUGCUUCCCAGCUCUUCAAAUGCAUACUGAUUGGGUGAGGGAUGUUGCUUGGGCACCGAACCUGGGACUUCCUAAGUCUACAAUUGCUAGUGCUUCUCAAGACGGAAGAGUUAUAAUAUGGACUGCAGCCAAGGAAGGUGACCAAUGGGCUGGUAAGGUUUUGCAGGAUUUCGGGGCUCCUGUUUGGAGGGUGUCCUGGUCGCUUACGGGAAACAUACUUGCAGUUGCUGAUGGAAAAAACAGUGUAACGUUGUGGAAAGAAUCCGUAGACGGAGAGUGGCAGCAGGUUACAACUGUUGAGCCAUAA